AUGGGACGAGGCCAGCAGCGGCAACGACAACCUGCUGCGCCGCCGCCUCGUCCUCCCAAACCAAUGGGACAUAUAGUGGAUCUCACUCCCGAACCCUCCCCUGAUCAUCGUCAAUCCACACCUAGAACCCGAUCGAUCGCUCCACCACCGAAGGCCGUGCCAGGACUAUCCGUCCAUAUACCGGAACCGUUCACUCGGGAUGAAUCCCAGGAAUCACAACAGGAGGAGGCGUUGCGACAGUUGCAAAGACUCAGGCUGGAGCUACUUGGCGAGAGAAAACAACAAGAGCAGGCUGUCAGAGAAGCAGCAAGAAAGGCCGAGGAGAACAGACACCGGCACAAAAGGCAGCAAAAGCAGCUCCAGAAACUACAACAACAAAUGCAAACACAGCAUUCGGAACCGUCCACACAGCUACCGCCAAAACGCGCGCAGCAACAAUCGUUCUCCGGUAGCGUUCCCGUAGUUCCUAUUCAAUCGCCAUACUACUCAACGUAUAGUCCUGCUGACAUUUUGAAGUCUCCGCUUUCCUGUCUGAGCAGCGAACACAUGCUGAGUCAGGUUCAAGACGAACCUGUCAAUCGGCACGAAGAAACCCCUCCUUCCAACAAAGACGAUGAUGGGGAACCAAACGUCGAGCUGCAAUUGGAAGCAGCUCUUGCAACACUAAUAGAGCCAAAUCCGGAGAUGUCACAGAGACAGUCUUCCCUUACACGACGAGCAUCCUUCCAGGCGUUAGCAAAAGCCGCGCUGAGAGGAAGCCCCAAGAGCUCCAAUCAGGAGACGUCGUCGAUAACCCCUCCAAUAAUACCACCGAAGCAGAACGGUGAGAUGACGACUUCCCUUAUACCAGGCUAUGACGAGCAAAAAUCCUUGGAGAAACAGUUUGCGGGUUUGCCAGGUGCUAGACCUCCAGGGUCCUCGAGAUCCUUCGACAAUCAUUCCUUCAUCGUGUCAAGCGGCAACAAGUCAAUUGGCUCGUCAAGGCCUAAAUUCAAGUCGGUGAACGAAAAACAACAACCUCGACGGCUUGAUGAAAUGGUCUCCGUUGUGCCUUGUGAUUCUUACACUCCGCCAGUAGAGCAACCGAAUUCAUUACUAACAAUCAAGAAACUCCCGAAACGACUGCCUAAGCGACUCCCCAAACAACAUCGAGCUGAUACUGUGCGCUUUGACAAGGGGCUAAGCUGUGUUGAUCCGAACAAUCUCAAACCACAAAUGCAAGAAAUUCUUCAGAAGAAGCCCAACGUCCACAGGAUGCCAGAUAAACAAGUUGGAAUGAUCGUUGAAGCUGUAGAUCUGGUUGACGAAAGCAAACGAAAAGGGAGGCUACGAAUGCGAAAAUUGAAAGAGCUUGUUCCGGAUAGAGUCAUGGAAACGUGGUCGCGUGCUGUUAGCCCAAAGAAACGGCCCGGAUCGACUGCAAGCGGCCACACAGAAUCCGAAACCAGCAAAUAUUGGAAGAGUAGCAAAACAGGGGAAGCUCAGUCCGUCGAUGAUCGCUUGUGGGUCAAGCAAACCAUCGAGCAGCAAAACUACAAGAUUACGAAAGUGUUGGGGUCUGAAAUGCUGAAAGUACAACAGAGGAUGCAGGAUGAAAGGGGGAUUGCAGGAGACGUCUUCCUUCCGAUCUCACCGGGAGGACCAGGAAGGGUGGAGGAAAGGAAUACUGCGGAUGCUUCUAGGACUGGUGCCAGUAGUAGAAACGGGAAAAGUUUGACAAGUAAGGUUCCCUCAGAGACAUCAGGGAAGCAGAAAGACAACGACAUUGGUCAGGACUAUAAUAUCGACAACCCACAGAAGAACGAAGACUCGUCGAAGAAGGCAUCAAUGCCUUUGAAAGGUAUUAUUAAAGCAGGGGCUAGUAUGGCACGGCGUCUGACGCAAAAGGAGCUUCUUGCUUCUAUGGCAAAAGAAUUGGCAGACAAGAAAACAGAGGCGAUAAAGAAGCGAAACGACUCUGCAAAGGAGGCAAAGGGCGAAAUGCCACCCCCACAAAAGAGCUUGGACAGCGCACUGGGAAAGCUGGAAAAUUCGAGAAGGGGGCGUCCACCGAUGGCAAGAUAUUUGCGGGUUGACAGCAGGCCCACUUCUCCAAGGCAAGAAGAGGGCGCUGGCGGCUCUUUCUGUGUAGCGGGCAGUCCGUCGUUGGAAUCCUUCAGUUCCUACGCAUUCAACCAAUCAAUUGCCAAUGCCAUGAAAAUGUUGACCGACCAAGAGGGAGAUGGUUCCGCUCCAAAUGUGCUUCCAAUAGACGACGAAGACGAGCAUCCCUUGGACAUGAAGGAACUAGCGCCGCCGACUCCAGCUGUUCCACGGACUCCAUUCAGCGAACAAGAACUGGCUCAAAAGAAAACCCAGGCUGUCCACGAUGCGAAGAAAAUGAUGCUGUUCUCGCUGAAAAAAAGAAUAGUGGCGGAGCUCAAAAGACAGAAGAUGCGAGAAGCUGAAGCUUUGGUAAGAGGAGAAACGAUUCCUGAAGAAGAGAAGGAGAAAAAACUCGAAGCGGUCCGGAGGCUUCACUUACGGCGAGAAGCGCUGCAGCAACUCAGUGACGAGGAUAUCAUGGAGGCCUUCACCAAGACAUUGGCAUUGAAUCGAACCAAGCAAAGUUUUGGUGAGAGCACAGUCAAGCACAAGGGGGAGAAGAGCACAAAGUCAGACGAAUCAGAAUCGCACGAGAAGAGCACCAAGGCAUCAAACAAAAAGACUGUCAGCUUCGCAAGACAACCAACGCCACCCCCACGAAAGGUGAUGAUAUCAUUAGAUGAAACAGACAGACAUAGCCUCAGCCCCAGCGACGACUGCGAGGACGACAUCGCUGACGUCAUGUCGGACGAAACAAACCACACUGCAAAGUACGGCAUACUGUCGUGGGCCCAAUGCGUGAACGAAGUAGGCAAUGAGGUCUGUGCCAAUGGACGAGUUGUGGUGACUGAAGCGGAAGCUGCCCAAAUUCGGAAUGCUGCUUUCGAAGCAGUGGACCUGGCUGCCAGGGAUAGCUACCGAAAGGCGAAACAGAGGCUUUGCACCCCACCUUCUCAUCAUAGUCUUGACGGCGAUGAAAGCUCAAGUGGGCGUUCCUCUGAAACGUCCUACACGAGUUUUUCGAAGUCGAGGCGUAACAAAAACCGCAAGGACACCGGGGAGAAAUCCAGCAGUGGACAAUCGAAGGACAAGUUGAGGGAUGUCUUGUCGUACUCUGGAUCCCUUGUCUCUGAAUCCUCAAGGCGUUCGAGGGGAAGUCGCGAGACUCAAGAUACCCGAGAAACUGAAGAAACCCGAGAAACUGAGUACACAUCAGACACACGAGAGACCGAAGACUCUCGAUUUACACACUCAACAAGGGGAUCGUUUUUCACGUUUGACACGAGAGACAGUCACAGUCUCUUUGACAGGAACGGGCCAAAAAAGGGCUAUCCAGCUUAUAGUGUGGCCGGGACCGAAUUUCUCUCGGAAUACACGGAUGAAACGUUCGAGGAUGGGCUUUUGCAGUGCGGUGGUGGCUUCUGA